AUGGUUAUGAUAGUUUUAUUUAAAUAUGUAUAUAUUAUUUAUAUUUUUCGAAGUAAGCAAAACAAAUAUUUGGUUGAGUGCUACAAUCAUCAUAGAAAAAUAUACGCAAGAAACUAUCGUUUACUGGCGAAAUAUAAGCAGGAUAAGGAUUCAAUUAUUGUAUGUUUAGAGGAAGAAAUACCAAAUAGAGUAAACGAUAAAAAAAAUAUAUCUAAUAGUGAAAAAUUGGUCUCAGGAGAAAAGAAACAGUCAAAUCGAAGUUUCCCAAUAAAUGUAAGAGGCCAUAAAAAAAAUAUAAAAAUAAAUCUUGUAUAUUUCUAUAUGGAAAAAAAAUAUUCAAAGAACUUGAUUAUGUAGAUUUUCUUAAAAACAACAGAACAAUAAGUGAUAAUACUUAUAAAAAAAUAAUAUAAAAAAUGCGGAUUGCGAUUUGCUUUACCUAUAUUUCUAUUAUUGGUCUUAUCAAUAUCAUUUGUGUUAGAUAAUUUUUGGAUAUGGGAUGUUUGAUGGUUUGUUUAGAUUAAUAAAAGUUACUCAGGAUUCGGAUGGAUGAAAGAUUUAACUUUAAAUUUGUGGAAUUCCCCUUUUAGAUGGUUAUUUGUAGGUCAAAAUUGUUGA